AUGCAACCUGAGGACUUUGGUUCUGAAGACAAAGAGAUGUUAAGCUGGGAUAUUAAUGACAUGAAACUGCCACAGGACGUGAAAAAGACCGACUGGUUCCAGGAGUGGCCAGAUUCCUACGAGAAGUACAUCUACAGCUCAGAGGACAGGAGCGCGCAGCGGCACCUGAGCAGCUGGGCCAUGCGCAACACCAACAACCACAACUCGCGGAUCCUCAAGAAGUCCUGCCUGGGCGUGGUGGUGUGCAGCCUCGACUGCUCCGUGGACGAGGGGCGCAAGAUCUACCUGAGGCCUGCCAUCUGCGACAAAGCCCGGCAGAAGCAACAGAGGAAACGCUGCCCCAACUGUGAUGGGCCACUGAAGCUAAUUCCUUGCCGAGGCCAUGGGGGCUUCCCGGUCACCAACUUCUGGAGGCACGAUGGACGCUUCAUAUUUUUUCAGUCAAAGGGAGAGCACGAUCAUCCCAAACCAGAAACCAAAUUGGAAGCUGAGGCAAGAAGAGCAAUGAAGAAGGCACAAGCAGCAUCUUCCUCCGCCUCUUUAAAGCUGAAGGGAGGCCCAGAGACUAAGUCUUUUCCAGGUGAAAUACAAAGUUGGGGAAGUUUACCUUUAACUUGGCCUUCCCAAGAAGGCAUCCAGUUGCCUGGUAGUUAUAGUGGACAUUUAAUAGCUAACGCACCCCAGCAAAAGUCACUGAAUGAUUGCUUAUCCUUUUCCAAGAGUUAUGGUUUUGGGGGAGCCACUGAUCUGGUGGACCCCACUUCCACGAUGGGCCCCACUAAGCUCUAUGAGAAAUGCAAAUUGUCCAACAGUAGGAUCUACAACAGCAGCGACCUGCUUCAGCCUUCUGUCUCUGGAGCUUUCCCUGACUACAGUGAUCUGCAAACAUGGAAUAAAAAUGCUGCUUUUGGGAGAAAUCCUUUCAAUGAUAACUGUUGCCCCAGUUAUCCUUUUCCUCUGACCAGCUGGCCUUAUGACUUCACCUCUUCCCAGAACUCUCCAGAAGCUUUUCCUCAGCAGAUUCCAGUGGAACCACCUGCAACCAAAACUAGCUGCCACUCAUUAUGGCCAAAUCCAGGCGGUGAUCUUUAUGAAGAGAAGGUGCAUGUGGAUUUUAACAGCUACUACUCAUCUACCACAUGCCAUUCACCUCAGGAAGACCCCUUUGUCCUCACCUACACCUCUCAUCCUCACCAUCCAUAUUCAGGGCCAGGCAAGAGCAACAAAUGGGGUUUUGAUGAAGAGAUGAGAUGCAUGGGUUUGGAUCACUGCAAUAAUGAGAUGCUUCUAAAUCUCUGUCCUUUAAGAUGA